AUGAAUAAUAAUAAUAAUAAUAAUAAUAUACACUAUUCAUCAACAAUGCCUAAUGAUCAUGAAACAGGUACAUCAGGUGAAUCUUUACGCAUGUUUGAUCCAUCAUAUCAUCCUUAUCCUCCACAAGCAAAUAUUUAUUCCGAUUAUCCAAAUGCAACAUCGAAAAUAGAAGCAUUCGAUUAUAAUUAUUGGCCAACGCCAGCAACUACAACACAUAAUAUUCUAACAAAUCCAACAAUUACAGUUCUUGAUCAAACUCAAUCAUCAUCCUCAUCCUCAUCAUCAUCUUCAAAUCCAACAAUUGAAACACUUGUACCUGUUUCAUCUGUACAGUUAUCACAAUUAAAUACAUCAGCUACUAUUUCUGCAACACAUCAUCAUCAUCAUAUUCAUCAACAUCUUUAUCCACCAUCACCACCAACAUGUAAUGAUCCAUCAACAUGGCUUGGUUCAGGUAAUUAUCAAUCCUUACAUCCAACAACAAAUCCAUCAUCGUAUCGUCAUUAUACAACUCCAUGUCCAUUUUAUUCAUCAAAUAAUUUCUAUGAUUCAUCACAACCUCAAUGGACACAACCACCUCCACCACCGCCACCAACAGCAAUUCCAAUUAAAUUUGAAUCAUCUUAUAGUCCACCAUCAUAUUUUGAAAGAUCAAAUCAUAUAAAUCAUUGUCAAGAACAAAUAUCUAAAGAUGAACCAUCAAAUUCACCUCAACAUAUAAAUUGGCUUAAAAAUGAUUCAUCAUCAACACAAUUAAUUCAAAUACCACCAAAAAAUCCAUUGAACGGAAAAACACGUACACGUGAUAAAUAUCGUAUUGUUUAUACAGAUCAACAACGAUAUGAACUUGAAAAUGAAUUUAUUAUAUCAAAAUAUAUUUCAAUACCACGUAAAUCAGCAUUAUCAUUAACAUUAUCAUUAAGUGAACGACAAAUUAAAAUUUGGUUUCAAAAUCGUCGUGCAAAAGAACGUAAAUUAAAUAAAAAACGACAAGAAAUAUCUUCAACACGUCAAUUAAAUAAUUCUAAUGAUGGUGAUUCACCAAGUGAUGGUGGUCUUGAAAGUCCAAAUUAUUAUCAAAAUUAUGCGUAA